UGCAAAGGGGGAACAAAUUAAAGGUAGUCACGAGUGACGGUUUUUAUGCUUCUCCGCAAAAGCCCAAUUCAUGCUUCAUAAUAAAAAGUGCGAUUUCUAUUUUAUGUUCCUGGAGAAGUAAUAAUUUAAGAGACGAUGGAAAAGGGGAGGGGGGCUCACAUUUAUAGAUUGACGACGAUCGGCUUAGCCUGACGCAUGGUGUGACACAUACCAAAAAUCGCUGAAACAGCCCUCCGUUAGCCGAAUCAAACGUUUGUAAUUAUAUCAAACAGGCUAUUGUUUGUUUUCUUCUUUUAUCUUCUAGUUUUCUUCUAUUAUUUUAAACUACCUCUGAGAAAUGCAUUCUUUGUUAAAAAAAAGACCAACGAGAUAUGACCCCAAAGCUGAAUGGAGAGCAUUACAAGCAUUACGAGCAAACGCAGACAAACAAAAAGAAGGUGAAAUCGACCCAUCAAUGGGAAAAAACGCAAGUGUUUACAAUAUAGGCAUAGGUAUUGAUUUCGGAACCUAUUUCUCUCGAGUUUCUUAUACAUUUGCCUGUGAAAGGAAUGGUGAACGGAAUCCAGAAGUAGAAGAUAUAUGGAGAUGGCCAAGGAAUGAUGCAUCUCUUUCUUUACUUCCGACGAGGUUACUAUAUGAAAAAGGGGUUAUGAUAAAAUGGGGCAACUUCCGUAAAAUACGUUCUCAAGAGGAGGAAGCCACAUUAUUUAAACUUUAUUUGGACGAAACCAAUCAUCAAAGUAUCCCAUCCUUACCGUCAGGUGUUACCACACUUCAUGCAGUUUCCGAUUAUCUAAAAGCAAUUUUCGACUACACUUAUUCCAGUAUAUCAAGAAAUUAUGGAAAAUAUGUGGACCAAAGCAAAGUAAGAGUUUGUUUGACUGUGCCUGGUCAUUGGUCAGAUAGAUCUAUAGACCUUUUGAAAGAUGCGGUAGUUCUAGCCGGUAUUUUCAGCCGUAAAGAUCUUCCGGAGAAGUUAUUACUUGUUCCCGAACUCGAUGUUGCGGCUUUGUAUUGUGAGGCCUUCGUUCCAGAAUAUAACCCUAAGGAUGGUGACACCGUUAUGAUAUGUAAAAUAGAAGAAGGGAUUGCAGAAUUUGCUGUUCAUCGUGUCUACACUGAUGAAAACGGUGAAAAUUCACUUUCACAAGAAGUCCCAUUUGAUCGCGCCAUGUUUAGCUCGGAGACCAUAGAUAUGCUAUUCAAAAAUUUUGUUUCUGAAAAAAUGGAAGAGAUUUCAAAGAAGCAUAAUGUCGAGUCUUUGAGACCGUAUGAGUUAGAUGAUAUACUGAAACACUUUAGAGAGGUGACUAAGCACUCGGUGUUUUCUCUAAAUCACCCCGAGUACGAUGAAGAUGGCCAUUUUAUAAUACUUCCUUGCAGAUAUGACUUUAAUGAAGCAGAAGUGGAUGCUGGCGUAUAUAUUAGUGACUGUCAUUUAUUCAUAUCAUCUUCAGAAAUGAUUGCAAAUAAUUUCGAUCCGUUUAUUGAUAGACUACUAAACCUCAUAGUCAAACAAUUUGAACGAUUUGAUAGUAAAAUAAACAACUUGUUGGUAGUGGGCUCAGAUGCUGAUUACGAAUAUGUACAAGAAAUACUAAAAGAAAGGCUUCAUGGCAAAGUCGGCCAAGUAAUAAUUCCUCCACGUUUAGAAAUGUAUAACAGUCGCGGCGCCGCUUUAAUGGCCUCAAAUCCUCGCACCAUCAAAGUAAAAUCAGGUCGAUUUUACGGUUAUGAGUGCUCAUUAGAAUUCGACGAAAGGUUGGAUCCUUUAGAGUUACGCUGUAUGACGAAGGAAGGUGUAGCUUACUGUAAUCAACGAUUUCAACUCUAUUACAUUAGGAGCAGUGCCUAUGAUACAAAAGACCAAAAUAUGACAUCUUUCCAGACUUAUUGCAACAAAAACCCCACAAUACAAUUAUUUGAAUACGAAGGUAGUCUAAAUCAAGUCCCAAGGCACACCACCCAUGAAGAUGUUAAGAAACUUGCUUCCGUCGAGAUCGAAUUACCACAUAUGCCAUAUAAAAAGCCUACCGACACAGUUGAUGUGAAUGUACAAAUAGAACUUGAUGGAAUCGAAAUCAAGUUUUGGGUAACCAUUAUGGAUCAGGUUCAACUUUAUUCACGGUGUCUUACAAAGGACACCAAAAUUAUGAUAGGAGAGCUUCUCUGAAUAAAGUUGGUACAAGUCUAUUAAAAUACGAAUAUAUUUGAAGUUUAUAAGUUGGGAAGAAAUAAAGUACUAUUCAC